AUGUUUCUGCCUCUGCUGGUGGUCCUAUUGUUUUUCAUCUCUUCUGUCGUGCUGUCUUCUGGCCAUAAUGACUCCAUUCCCAAGGUGCUUUUCAUCGCCAAUGCAGAACGCGGCCAGGCCAAUGUCCACCUAGCGACCGCUCACGCCCUCAUCGUCAACCACCACGACUCGAUACAAGUCCAUUUUGCCUCUUUCUCAGCCCUCGAAGACGCUGUGGACCGCGUUUCCCGUCAGGCAAUAAGAAAUAUUUCAGGUUCAGAUGCUGCUGCCGGUACCGCCGUCCAAGGCAUCACAUUCCAUCCUAUCCGGGCCACGUCGUACAAAGACGCCGUGACCCGCAAUGGAGUCACCAUGGCCACCAUCCGCCACGCUCCGGGCCUGCGCGGCGCCGCAACCUUCUUCUGGAUCAUCGAGCACACGAUGGUGCCCUGGACGGGUCCUGAAUACGUCGAGGUCUGCAACAGCCUCCGACAGAUCACCGCCGAGGUCGACCCGGCCCUCGUCGUCGUCGACACCUUCUUCGCUCCUGGGAUUGGCGCUGUGCAGGCGCUGGAUCGCUCGCACGUCCUCCUCUCGCCGAACUCGGCCAAGGAUACCUUUGCGACGGGGCAGGGGCUGGGCAGGAUAUGGUGGCAUUAUCCAGCACUGGCCUCUGCCUACGCCUAUCCAGUCCCAUGGAAUCUCAUCCCGGCGAACAUCUAUCUCACGCUGCGCCUAACGUGGGUAACGAUCUUUGGCCAGCAGGCCCGGUCAUUGGCAACCUACGUGAAGGCGCACGGCAUCCCCAGUCCGACGGAUUUCUUCCAGUACAACAGACAGAGCCGUAUCCCCUACCUGCUCGCCUCGUCCCCGGAGAUCGAGUAUCCGAUGACGCUCCCGGAGCACGUCACGUCAUGCGGGCCGAUCUACAUGGCGCUGGACGCGGUCGAGAACGAGGACGCUGACCUCGCCGCCUGGCUGGCGCGGGCGCCUACGGUGCUGAUCGUCCUGGGCAGCCAUACGUUCUACAACGAGGAGGACGCGACGGAAAUGAUGCGCGCGAUCCGGACGGUUCUUGAUGGGGAUGAGAGGGUGCAGGUGCUGUGGAAGCUGAAGACGGAGGACAACAGUAACAACAUCGACGCCUCCGAAGGGUACUUGUUCAGUGGCACGAACAGCACUGUAUCAGACGAGGUUUCCUCGCUCCUGUCCACAGGCCGAGUGCGUAUCCAGUCCUGGCUGACAGCCGAUCCGGCAUCGAUACUGGAGAGCGGACACAUCGUCUGCUACGUGCACCACGGGGGGGCGAAUUCCUUUCUCGAAGCAAUUGGUACCGGAACCCCCAAGUCCUCCUCCCAAUGUGGGUCGACACCUACGACUACGCCAUACGAGCGGAAUGGCUCGGAGUCGGAAUCUGGGGCAACCGGCACGCGGCGCCAGCCUGGAGAGGCGGAGAAGUCAGCCAGGCGAUUCUGGAGGUCCUCCACACGAGCAGAAAACGAAAAGAAAUCAAAGGAUGUUAUAAAUGAGCAUGACGUCAUUAACGAGAAAUAG